AUGGCAUCGGAUAGAGCUGAUAGGACAUCACCAUCAUGGCACAACUUACCCGCCAAGAUCCGGCAGACGAUCCUCAAUGCAUUACUUCAGACCGACGGCAGCUUGGCCCCCUAUGCCACAGUGUCUCGUGAAUGGCAGGCCGUCAUCGAGCCGCACAACUUUUCCCGUCUCAAACUGACGAUACCACGCAUUCAACAGCUUGACUCCAUGACUUUUCGUACCCAGAGAUACGUGCAGUACAUCUGGCUCUGCUUGGAGCUCGAAGAAUACGAGCUGGAGGAGUACUAUCCGCAAGGGAUGGGCGACGCCGACAGCCACGCCAUCGGGAAAGCGUUGUAUGAGGUCGUGGAUGCUCUGAGCUCGUGGUGUGACAGGCCCAACUUGGUGCUCGAUAUCAGCAUCCACUCGCCCAGUGAUUCGGCGUACUGGUUCAAGUACCUGACUUUUGAGCCUGAUUGUCCGUUCAAUCAGAGAGAGAGCGAGUACAGUGAGCUUCCAGGGCUGUCUGUGCCGGCUAUAACCAACUGCGGCAGCGACGACAGCGACGAAAUUGAAGAGAGCGACGACAGCGACGACAGCCCGGACCUUGAGACGGACGACGACGCGAUUUACUUUACUAGCUACCAAAUCAAUAAAGUUUUCAAUCAAAUCGUGGUAAAAGGACCAGUUGAAACAACAAUGGAAGGGCACGAAUGGUGGCAGGGCAUGCCCCUGGCUCGGGCUGUGACGGCGGUGCUUUUUCGCCAACAGACUCGACGGCGAUGGCCACCAAAGACGAUGAUGCAACUGUUGUCCCGGUUUCCCAGACUGCGAGAAAUCCACUACGAGCCUUGGAGAGAAUGGGAUGAUGGUAUGCAAAAGAGGACAGAUGGUGACUACCAAAUACUCUUUCACUCCGUCGCCUCUUCCCCCUUAAAGAAACUCACCGUCUUCGAGAACUUCAAUCAGCGGUAUCCGAUCUACUUCGAGCGCUGCAGUGACUCCCGAAACCUAAACUACUAUGUCGCCCGGGCUAUCGCUAGAUGCCUUGAGCUUGAGCAGCUCUCCGCGUCCUUCAUCAUAGACGCCAAACAUUUCUUCCAGGCCCGUGGCAGGGACUGGGAGUGGUUGUCUUUGACUACGCUCGUUCUCACUUCGGGGCUGCUCCAGCCCCUCGGCGAUCACUCCACGAUCCAACAUCUGCUUUUUCAAGCAGCCCGCGCGGCCUUGAGGAUGCCCAAGCUUGAGCUCAUGGAGAUUUGGAAUGGAUUGGAAGGAGUGGCGGCCGUAUUUCGAUAUCAGACGCCACGGUAUAAGGCGAACAGAGAGGGGAAACCGCGACCUACCGUGAUGACCUGGAGAGGGACAUGGAAGUUUAAACUGCUUGUUACUUUGAUCCAGUCUUGGGAACAUGUCACAAACAAGCUUCAUGGCGACGAACUUGUGGUCAAAACAGAGUCGUUGAGUGGCAGAUUGAUCGCGUCUCAUGCAGACGCAAUACACCAUUUAGGGAUUGCGGAAUUGGCAAUUCGGCCUGUUUCGCAACGGCAGAUUCGAGCCGAGCACUUGGCUGGAGAAGAAGCGGCUCUGGUUGCUGAGAGCUCAGCCGACAGCGGCUCUCCGGACGCCAGCAGCUGA